AUGUCUAUUACUGCAGGUAAAACCAUCCAAUGUAAGGCGGCCAUCGCCUAUACAGCAGGAAACCCGCUCAAAAUUGAAACUAUCACGGUGGAUCCUCCCAAGGCACAUGAGGUUAGAAUUAAAAUUACGCACACUGCUUUGUGUCAUACUGAUGCGUAUACAUUAUCAGGGGUUGAUCCAGAGGGUAUUUUCCCUAGUAUUCUUGGUCAUGAAGGUUCUGGGAUUGUCGAGUCUGUAGGAACUGGUGUGACAAACGUGAAAGUGGGCGAUCAUGUCAUUCCUCUUUACACUGCGGAGUGUCAGGAGUGUAAGUUCUGUAUCUCUGGUAAAACUAACUUGUGUGGUUCUGUAAGAGCAACACAAGGUAAGGGUUUAAUGCCUGAUGGCACUUCUCGUUUUAAGAAUAGCAAGGGCGAGGUUAUUUAUCAUUUUAUGGGAUGCUCCACGUUCUCUGAAUACACUGUUGUUGCUGAUGUUAGUGUAGUGGCAAUUGAUGAGAAGGCACCAUUGGAUAAGGUUUGCUUGUUGGGAUGUGGUGUGACAACGGGCUACGGUGCGGCUGUCAAAACGGCUGAUGUCCAAAAGGGAGACACUGUCGCUGUCUUCGGUGCUGGUACUGUUGGGUUAAGCGUUGUCCAGGGGGCCCAGUCCAGAGGAGCAUCAAAAAUCAUUGUUGUGGAUAUUAACGACGAUAAGAAGAAAUGGUCCUUCGAUUUUGGUGCGACUGAUUUUAUUAAUCCAACCAAAGACUUGAAUGACGGGGAAACCAUUGUUUCCAAGUUGAUUGACAUGACAGAUGGCGGCCUCGACCAUACCUUUGACUGUACCGGCAACACUAAAGUCAUGAGAGAUGCCCUAGAAGCCUGCCACAAGGGAUGGGGUCAAUCUAUCAUUAUUGGUGUUGCUGCAGCUGGCCAAGAGAUUUCCACCAGACCUUUCCAAUUAGUCACCGGCCGUGUUUGGAAGGGCUCCGCAUUUGGGGGCAUCAAAGGGAGAUCUGAGAUGGGGAACUUAAUUUCUGAUUACUUCGCCGGAAAGUUAAAAGUGGAUGAGUUUGUCACACACACAAGACCAUUUUCUGAAAUCAAUGAUGGUUUGACGGAUUUACACCAUGGUGACUGCUUGAGAACGGUUUUGAACUUUUAA